CAAGGAUGAAGGGGUCACUGCAAUGCUUCGCGGUUCUGCUGCUUGGUGGUAAGUACUAGAUAGUGAGCAAGCAAUUUUUUGAGGACAUGACUGUAGUAUACUGUAUUAUAAACUGGGUGUUUCAAGCCCUGAAUGCUGAUUGGCUGAAAGCCGUGGUAUAGCAGACCGUAUACACAAAUGACGACAAAUACUAUUUACUGUUCUAAUUACGUUGGUGAGGGGCUAUGCGUUCUAUGGAAAAUAAUGAACGACGUGGAAGGUGUCUUCCAAGAUGCGCUAGCGGAAUGGAACUGACAAUCCACGGAAUUGCAUUAUUUUCCAGAUUAUUUACCGUGCAAAUAUACAGUGGGAAAUAAUGCACGCUCUAGAAUGCCCUUCAAGCCAAUCAGAAACAAGUAUUCAACAAUGCCAUGGUAUAAUCAAAUAUAUUUUUUUACUAUCUGUGGUAUAAUGGCCAUAUACCACAGCACCUCGGGCCUUAUCACUUAAUUAUACCUUGGAAUUGUGGCAUACUCCUUUCUGAUUGGCUUGAAGAGCAUUCUAGAGCGUGCAUUAUUUACCUGUAUAACGCACAGUAUAUUUUCACGGUAGAAUUCAAUGGCUAUAGUUCAUUUUUACAAGUUUUGUUUGAGCUGCUUUUGAAAGCAAAAGUCGAAUUGAAAACAGUAUUGGUACUGUUGAAUUAGAUUUUCAUAAUAGCAAGCUAGUUUAGCUAACCAAAACUAUCAGCCUCUGUAGCUCAGCUGGUAGAGCACGGCGCUUGUAACGCUAAGGUAGUGGGUUCGAUCCCCGGGACCACCCAUACACAAAAAUGUAUGCACGCAUGACUGUAAGUCGCUUUGGAUAAAAGCGUCUGCUAAAUGGCAUAUUAUUAUUAUUAUUAUUAUUAUAGCAAGUCUAUUUCUUUGGUUACCAUGGCAACUACUGUAGUUAGUAAACUUGCUAGCUACUUCAGUGGAUGUUGAACACAUUUCUACCGGCAAAUGAACACAUUUCUAGCGGCAAAUGUGUUAAAUUAUAGCCAUGGUAUAAAAGGGAUAAUCAACUCGGGGCUCUAUGCGUUCUCUGGAAAAUAAUACAACGUCGUUCAUUAUUUUCCAUAGAACGAAUAGCCCCUCGUUGAUUAGCCUUACAUAUACUACAAAAUCCUAAAGUAAGCACUACAUGAUCGAGUGAUACUACAGUGUGUAGUAUAAUAUUCUACAGUAUACUACAAAAUCCUAAAGUAAGCACUACAUGAUCGAGGGAUGUUACAGUGUGUAGUAUAAUAUUCUACAGUAUACUACAAAAUUCGAUAGUAAGUAGUACACAUGAUGAGAGAGAGAGAGAGAGAGAGAGAGAGAGAGAGAGAGAGAGAGAGAGAGAGAGAGAGAUCUCACCACAGCAAAGAGUAUCUCAGGAACAAAAAAGAGCAAGAGACAAUGAAUCUAAGACCCAUUUAUAACAUGUUUGGAUUCAAAAUCUGAGUUGUUGACCAAUAGUAUUACUGUAAAGUUAACCUCCAAUUAUAUAUCAGACCUAUAUGAUAUAAUCACAACAGAACCUCUGCUACCCAGAGGUGUGACAAUGGGGGUUGGUGAGAUCAACACAGAGAAGGCUGAAUUCCUGAGAAGACAAUAAAACCAGUUAUUCAGGAAAGCUUAACACACAGCCUGCCUCCUCUCCAAUCUGAGCGGCUAUUCUUUGCACACCUAGAACCAACGCUUCACUAUAGCCUAAAUAUUUAUCAUUUAACUUUUUUUAUGUAUUACCUUUUAUAUGUGGCAUAACACAACCAGUCACAAUGUUUUAAUCUGAUUAGGCUAUUUCAAAAGUCUCCUGUAGGCCUGCGCACAUUCAUCCAAAAUAUAAUUUCAGCAUCCUCAAAAUGGCUUGACAUUGACCAGGUUUCCAUCCAACCUUUUUAUGAGCGUAAAUAAAUGUUGAAUAAAAAGAAAAUGUCACAACAUCAUGAAAAAGCAUUCAGUUUUUUAGCUACAGAUGAAAUAAGUUAUGAUGAACUUCACAGGGUGAUGGAAGUGCACAGUGAUGAGGUUGAUGCUCCUUUCAAUAAAUGUCGAGGGUUAUUCUGGUGAAUGAUAAAUCGAUGCUUGGCUGCCAUAUGACAAAUAAAAAUAAUCUUGCACUUUUGUCCAUAAUAAUCUCAUAAUGUAGUGGGCUAUACCUGCUCUGUAUCUGCGUACUGUUGGCUAGAGUGCACAUGCCAAUACCAGAGUGGGCACAUUCGCUAUAGCCUGCCUAUACGCAACAUUCCUUGUGACAAAACCAUCAGUAGGCCUAGAGGUAAAAAUGAGAUUGAAACCCAUUUAACUUGUAUUUUUUAUUCAGUACAUGGGAAUUUAACCUCAAAAUAUUUUUUUAUGUGGACUACAUAUUCACGCACAGACUUUUAUCUGCAACAAGUCAAUUUGAUGGAAACACAACUCUGAUGGGAAAAUGCGCCAGGGUUUCCCUUAGCUGAUAGGCAUAAUUGUCAGCUUUUUGCCCUCCCAAAAAUAUAAAGAUGAUAACAAUAUAAUGCCUAUCUUUAUACAAAAUAUCCUGAUAGAAAAUUAACUAAUUAGAUUCCUUCUGUAGCCUACAUCUAUAUCUGUAUAGCAGACGCAGUAGCCAUCAGACAUAAAGAAAUGCAUGUUGGUGUUGUAUGUAGAAUGCCGCCAGCAUAUCUCUAUCUGGGGCUAGGCCUAAGCUUGUCUUUCUUUAUAUAGGCUAUAUAUUUUUUAAAGUGAAUAUCAUACAGUGGACACCUAAGCCUACAUGCCUAUGCAUGCAAUGCCAUGAUGUAUUUAGUGCUCAAAACUCUGAUUUAAAAAAAGAAAAGAAAUUGGCUAUAAAGUUUUGCGUAUGCUACACAUCGAAACCCAAUGAAUGGUGUUUUUGUAAUUUGUUAUAUGCUGUUUUUAAGGACAUUUAAAUGUUCCUCAUUUGGCCAAUAUCGCUUGUUUAUUGAUGGCGCUGGCUGUGCCAGGUCAGAUCUGAAAGGAUGUCUGGUAAAUUUGUCAAAUGUCCGGUAAAUUAAAAUCUUAAUGGUCACAUUGUCCAGCGCCAAAUUUUCCUAAAGGAAACUCUGGAAUGAAUAUAUUGUUUUUAUACUGUUUUUAGAAUAUUCACAUGAAAAUGUGUCUCCAAUUGGAUGGAAACGUAGCUAUAGACACCCUAAAGACUAUGGGAAGUGGACCACAAUGGAAAUAAGUCCCUGACUUUAUUUUGCAAUCCCGGUCAGUUUUAAAAAUAUUUUUCUAUGUAUUUUUAAAAAUGAUAAAAUCAAUCAAUCCAAACUGUGAAGCAGCCAUUUCAUGAAUGGAAAGUGACAUCUGUUACAAAACACCAAAAGGUUUAAUGACAUUGGGAGAAUGUCAAGCCAAGCCUUAGAUACUGGGUAAGCUUACAAGGUAGGGAGUGGGGCUGUCCCUGGCUAAAACAAAUCUUGGUUUACCGAGAGUUGUCUCUUCUUUCAACCAAUCAAAUGUUCGAACGUAUAUUUUUCCAUAGCCUAUAUAAAAACACCAUAAGUGUUUUAAAAAAACAAACUAUUCUGAACAAAAAUAUAAACGCAACAUGUAAAGUGUUGGUCCCAUGUUUCAUGAGCUGAAAAAAAAGAUCCCCGAAAUGUUCCAUACACACAAAAAGCUUAUUUCUCUCAAAUUUUGUGCAGAAAUUUGUUUACAUCCCUGUUAGUGAGCAUUUCUCCUUUGCCAAGAUAAUCCACCCACCUGACAGGUGUGGCAUAUCAAGAAGCUGAUUAAACAGCGUGAUCUUUGCACAGGUGCACCGUGUGCUGGGGAAAAUGAAAGGCUGGAGAAUUUAAUGUUAAUUUAUCUACCAUAAGCCAACGUCGUUUUAGAGAAUUUGGCAGUAAGUCCAACCAGCCUCACAACCGCAGACCACGUGUAACCACGCCAGCCCAGGACCUCCACCUGCGGGAUCAUCUGAGACCAGCCUCUCGGACAGCUGAUGAAACUGUGGGUUUGCACAAACGAAGAAUUUCUGCAUAAACUGUCAGAAACCAUCUCAGGGAAGCUCAUCUGCGUGCUCGUCGUGCUCACCAGGGUCUUGACCUGACUGCAGUUCGGCGUCGUAAUCGACUUCAGUGGGCAAAUACUCAACUUCAAAUCAAAUCAAAUCAAAUCAAAUUUUAUUGGUCACAUGCGCCGAAUACAACAGGUGCAGACAUUACAGUGAAAUGCUUACUUACAGCCCUUAACCAACAGUGCAUUUAUUUUAAACAAAAAAGUAAGAAUAAAACAACAACAAAAAAGUGUUGAGAAAAAAAGAGCAGAAGUAAAAAAUAAAGUGACAGUAGGGAGGCUAUAUAUACAAUAGAAUAAAGUGACAGUAGGGAGGCUAUAUAUACAGGGGGGUACCGUUGCAUAGUCAAUGUGCGGGGGCACCGGCUAGUUGAGGUAGUUGAGGUAAUAUGUACAUGUGGGUAGAGUUAAAGUGACUAUGCAUAAAUACUUAACAGAGUAGCAGCAGCGUAAAAAGGAUGGGGUGGGGGGGCAGUGCAAAUAGUCCGGGUAGCCAUGAUUAGCUGUUCAGGAGUCUUAUGGCUUGGGGGUAGAAGCUGUUGAGAAGUCUUUUGGACCUAGACUUGGCACUCCGGUACCGCUUGCCGUGCGGUAGCAGAGAGAACAGUCUAUGACUAGGGUGACUGGAGUCUUUGACAAUUUUGAGGGCCUUCCUCUGACACCGCCUGGUAUAGAGGUCCUGGAUGGCAGGGAGCUUUGCCCCAGUGAUGUACUGGGCCGUACGCACUACCCUCUGUAGUGCCUUGCGGUCAGAGGCCAAGCAGUUGCCAUACCAGGCGGUGAUGCAACCAGUCAGGAUGCUCUCGAUGGUGCAGCUGUAGAAUUUUUUGAGGAUCUGAGGACCCAUGCCAAAUCUUUUUAGUCUCCUGAGGGGGAAUAGGCUUUGUCGUGCCCUCUUCACGACUGUCUUGGUGUGUUUGGACCAUGAUAGUUCGUUGGUGAUGUGGACACCAAGGAACUUGAAGCUCUCAACCUGUUCCACUACAGCCCCGUCGAUGAGAAUGGGGGCGUGCUCAGUCCUCUUUUUUUCCUGUAGUCCACAAUCAUCUCCUUUGUCUUGGUCACGUUGAGGGAGAGGUUGUUGUCCUGGCACCACACGGCCAGAUCUCUGACCUCCUCCCUAUAGGCUGUCUCAUCGUUGUCGGUGAUCAGGCCUACCACUGUUGUGUCGUCGGCAAACUUAAUGAUGGUGUUGGAGUCGUGCCUGGCCAUGCAGUCAUGGGUGAACAGAGAGUACAGGAGGGGACUGAGCACGCACCCCUGAGGGGCCCCCGUGUUGAGGAUCAGUGUGGCAGAUGUGUUGUUACCUACCCUUACCACCUGGGGGCGGCCCGUCAGGAAGUCCAGGAUCCAGUUGCAGAGGGAGGUGUUUAGUCCCAGGAUCCUUAGCUUAGUGAUGAGCUUUGAGGGCACUAUGGUGUUGAAUGCUGAGCUGUAGUCAAUGAAUAGCAUUCUCACGUAGGUGUUCCUCUUGUCCAGGUGGGAAAGGGCAGUGUGGAGUGCGAUAGAGAUUGCAUCAUCUGUGGAUCUGUUGGGGCGGUAUGCAAAUUGGAGUGGGUCUAGGGUUUCUGGGAUUAUGCUGUUGAUGUGAGCCAUGACCAGUCUUUCAAAGCACUUCAUGGCUACAGACGUCAGUGCCACGGGUCGGUAGUCAUUUAGGCAGGUUAUCUUAGAGUUCUUGGGCACGGGGACUAUGGUGGUCUGCUUGAAACAUGUUGGUAUUACAGACUCAGUCAGGGACAUGUUGAAAAUGUCAGUGAAGACACUUGCCAGUUGGUCAGCACAUGCUCGGAGUACACGUCCUGGUAAUCCGUCUGGCCCUGCGGCCUUGUGAAUGUUGACCUGCUUAAAAGUCUUACUCACAUCGGCUACGGAGAGCGUGAUCACAUAGUCGUCCGGAACAGCUGGUGCUCUCAUGCAUGCUUCAGUGUUGCUUGCCUCGAAGCGAGCAUAGAAGUGGUUUAGCUCGUCUGGUAGGCUUGUGUCACUGGGCAGCUCGCGGCUGUGCUUCCCUUUGUAGUCUGUAAUAGUUUUCAAGCCCUGCCACAUCCGACGAGCGUCAGAGCCAGUGUAGUAUGAUUCAAUCUUAGACCUGUAUUGACUCUUUGCCUGUUUGAUGGUUCGUCGGAGGUCAUAGCGGGAUUUCUUAUAAGCGUCCGGGUUAGAGUCCCGUUCCUUGAAAGCGGCAGCUCUACCCUUUAGCUCAGUGCGGAUGUUUCCUGUAAUCCAUGGCUUCUGGUUGGGGUAUGUACGUACGGUCACUGUGGGGACGACAUCAUCGAUGCACUUAUUGAUGAAGCCAGUGACUGAUGUGGUGUACUCCUCAAUGCUGUCUGAAGAAUCCCUGAACAUGUUCCAGUCUGUGCUAGCAAAACAGUCCUGUAGCUUAGCAUCUGCGUCAUCUGACCACUUUUUUAUUAGCCGAGUCACUGGUGCUUCCUGCUUCAGUUUUUGCUUAUAAGCAGGAAUCAGGAGGAUAGAGUUAUGGUCAGAUUUGCCAAAUGGAGGGCGAGGGAGAGCUUUGUAUGCGUCUCUGUGUGUGGAGUAAAGGUGGUCUAGAGUUUUUUCCCCUCUGGUUGCACAUUUAACAUGCUGGUAGAAAUGAGGUAGAACGGAUUUAAGUUUCCCUGCAUUAAAGUCCCCUGCUACUAGGAGCGCUGCAUCUGGAUGAGCGUUUUCCUGUUGAUUAAUGGCCUUGUACAACUCAUUCAGUGCAAUCUUAAUGCCAGCAUUGGUUUGUGGUGGUAAAUAGACAGCUAUGAAAAGUAUGGCCAUUGGCACGCUAGAGAAGUGUGCUCUUCACAGAUGAAUCCCGAUUUCAAUUGUACAGCAUAUAUGGCGUCGUGUGGGCAAGCGGUUUGCUGAUGUCAACAUUGUGAACAGAGUGCCCCGUGGUGGCGGUGGGGUUGUGGUAUGGGCAGGCAUAAGCUAUGGACAACAAACACAAUUGCAUUUUAUCGAUGGCAAUUUGAAUGCACAGAGAUACCGUGAUGAGAUCCUGAGGCCCAUUGUCAUGCCAUUUAUCCGCCGCCAUCACCUCAUGUUUCAGCAUGAUAAUGCACGGUCCGUUGUCGCAAUGAUCUGUACACAAUUCUGGGAAGCUGAAAAUGUCCCAGUUCUUCCAUGGCCUGCAUACUCACCAGACAUGUCACCCAUUGAGCAUGUUUGGGAUGCUCUGGAACGACGUGUACGACAGCGUGUACGACAGCAACUUCGCACAGCCAUUGAAGUGGAGUGGGACAACAUUCCACAGGUCACAAUCAACAGCCUAAUCAACUCUAUGUGAAGGAGAUGUGUCGCGCUACAUGAGGCAAAUGGUGGUCACACCAGAUACUGACUGGUUUUCUGAUCCAUGCCCUACCUUUAAAAAAAAAGUUAUCUGUGACCAACAGAUGCAUAUCUUUUUUCCCAGUCGUGAAAUCCAUGGAUUAGGGUCUAAUGAUUUUAUUUCAAUUGACUGAUUUCCUUAUAUGAACUGUUUAUAUUUUUGUUCAGUGUAUAUGCACUGAGCUUGUCUGAUACUUUAAGCACACUGUUUAAUGAAAUAAUUAAGACACGCAAAUGACUGAAGAGGGAGCCGACAGCAAUAGAUUUGGGCCGGGCUCGGACUUGCCGCACAGUGUAUAAAAUAGACAGCUAGUGCCUGUGUGACUGGCGCACGUUGUCUCUCUCUCCUCCCUGCUGCAGUGACCAUGGACCAUACAUAGCACAGCAACAGUGUUUAUCGCGCUGUCCGUGGUGCUGAAGCUGCAACAUAAUUACAGACAUUUCUAGUUUCUUACUUGAAAAGUUCUGUUAACUGAAAUCCCUCAAUUGUUUAGGACAAACAUUCCCUAUUCCCUCAAACCUUGCUCUGUUUACGUGACAUAUGUAUGCAUCGCAUGCACGUGACCAAUAGGGCCUGACCUGUAGCAUAUCAUAAUCACAUCAAUAAAUUGGUUAUAACAAACUCCAACACCAUAACACAUGUGGCAGCAUAAUGGAUGCAGAGGACGUGACAAAAAAACUCAAUGGGGGAAUGUUUACUGGUUGCUCGGGAGGGAAAAGGGAAGUCUGUGUGGAAGACAUUUGACUUAGUUGUGGAAGCUUACAAUACAUAACAAAAAUCUGACUGUUUGGAAGAGUGUAAAUGACACUAAAUAGAUUAUUUGUGCAGGCUACCAGUGAGUCUGUUCUAUCAAAAAAUAUUGUAAGGCAUUUAUUACUGCAAAGACUAAAAACAGUUGCAUGCAUGUUGCAGUUUGUUUAUUGUUUAGGCUAAUUAUUCAAGGCUGCCUUUGUUAUUUCAUUUUAAAACAAAUGCUUGAUGGCAUUUCAAAGCAUGAAUGACUCCUAUUCUGUGUGAUGACAUGAACAAAUUAAUGAUUGAUUUAUUGACACCGUAGCCUAUAGGCUAUAUUGAAAUCUCAGCCUGGAAAUAGUUUUUAUACUGUAUGUCACGUAUACUCCCCCUCUGGCCUCUAGGUCACCAGGCUGCUCUUUAUUACGCACACAUAUCACCAUCGUUAUGCGCACCAGCGCCUCAUCAGUCUCACCUGGACUCCAUCACCUUCCUGAUUACCUCCCCUAUAUAUGUCACUCCAUUUGGUUCCUUCCCCAGGUGUUAUUGAUUCUGUUACUCUGUUCCUGUCUGUACGCUACUCUUGUUUUGUUCCAUGUUUUAUUUAUCAUUAAAUGCACUCCCUGUACUUGCUUCCCGACUCCCAGCAUACAUUGUUACAGAAUAACGCCUCACCAAAGGGAAGCAUCGGAGUGCUUUUUACAUUUUAAUUUUUUUGUUGGUGAUGUCAGGUCCGGGUGCCGCUGCCGACGCAACCGGGGAUGCCUCAGCUGGCUCGUCAGGCUUCCAUGCCUCAGCUGGCUCGACAGGUUCUCAAGCCUCGUUUGGCUAGUCAGGCGUCUGUUUCCAAAGCUACCGGGAUGCCUCAUCUAGCUCGUCAGGUUCUCAUGCCUCAGCUGGCUCGACAGGUUCUCAAGCCUCGUUUGGCUCGUCAGGCAUCUGUUUCCAAAGCUACCGGGAUGCCUCAGCUGGCUCGUCAGGUUCUCAUGCCUCAGCUGGCUCGACAGGUUCUCAAGCCUCGUUUGGCUCGUCAGGCGUCUGUUUCCAAAGCUACCGGGAUGCCUCAGCUAGCUCGUCAGGUUCUCAUGCCUCAGCCGGCUCGACAGGUUACCGCGCCUCAGCCGGCUCGACAGGUUACCGCGCCUCAGCCGGCUCGACAGGUUACCGCGCCUCAGCCGGCUCGACAGGUUCCCGCACCUCAGCCGGCUCGACAGGUUCCCGCGCCUCAGCCAGCUUGACAGGUUCCCGCGCCUCAACAGAGGUGACCGGUCCGCUCCUGAUCCCCGGGAUCGUCCCUUUGGUCAGCGUCCUGCGGCUGGAGCCGCGCGUCAGGGAGGGGGUACUGUCACAUACUCCCCCUCUGGCCUCUAGGUCACCAGGCUGCGCUUUAUUACGCACACCUGUCACCACCGUUACGCGCACCAGAACCUCAGACUCACCUGGACUCCAUCACCUUCCUGAUUACCUCCCCUAUAGAUGUCACUCCCUUUGGUUCCUUCCCCAGGCGUUAUUAAUUCUGUUACUCUGUUCCUGUCUGUACGCUACUCUUGUUUUGUUCCAUGUUUUAUUUAUCAUUAAAUGCACUCCCUGUACUUAAUUCCCGACUCCCAGCGUACAUUGUUACACUGUACUAUACUUUACUACAGAAUUUGAUAGUAAACUGUAGUAAUUAUUCAUGUGGGGUGUUGUUUUUCUCAUGAAAUUGACCAAGGUUGUCUUUGUCUUCAAGCUAAACUGAGUCAGAUAAGAAAGGUUUUUUCCCUCACCAAAUCAUAUUGUCAUCAUUUAGCACUAUUUUAACUGCACUAUCAACUUUACCUUCAGAAUUUGUUGCAUCAAAAAUAAAUAGUGUUAUGUUGGUGGCUUGCAUAAUUAUUAUCCUUAGUGAACUAAAUUUUUUCCAUAGAUUUGCUGAACAUUUUUGAAACAUUGUUUUCUAGGACUUUGCUCUGCUGGGCCGGCAGGAAAAGAGUUUGCCACAGCCUUCAUGCAAAAUUAUAUUGAAGACUAUAAAGGCUCAAGCUUUAAGAUUGAAGUGGCAGCUCCCCCCACCUCCCUCCACCCCAUUAAGGUCAAGGUAACUGCCCUUGGGAAGGUCUACGAGCAGACAGUUGACCCUGGUAAAAGCGUGACCUUUGAUCUACCCAAAGGAGUAGAAAUGAUUGGCAGCAAGAAGAACCUCCCCACUGUCCUGAUCGAAGCUUCCCAGGAGGUCACAGUGUUGUCAUUCAACUACAAGAAGGAAACAGCUGACACCUCUGUCGUCUACCCUGUGAAGGACUGGGGAACAGAGUACUUCAUCUUCACCCCCGUGUCCACCGCUGGUGAUAAGUUCUCCAAAGAGUUUUCCAUCACCAACUACAAAAAGAAGAACUUUGGGGUUGAGGUCUAUCUGACUGCCCCGGUGACAUUCCAAAGAAAAAAGUAUGGUGCAGGCAGCAAGCUGACAAUCGACCUUAUGCCCUUUGAGAGUGUACAGAUUCAGAGCCAGUUUGAUCUGAGUGGCUCCAAAGUGAUCUCUAAGCUUCCAGUAGGAGUUCUAUCAGGACACAGCUGUACUGUGAAAUAUACUGGCUGCAACCACGUCUAUGAGCAGCUCCAGCCCGUUAACAGUUGGGGGAAGGAAUUCAUUGUUGCACCACUACCUUUCCAUAAAAACAUCAACAGAUAUGAUAGUCUUUACAUCCAAACAUCUCAGUUCACUCAAGUCAAAGUGAGUCAAACUGGUAUCGAUUUCUUUACACUACCAAUGUUCCCAGGACAAACGCUUGAGCUCUAUGUCACCUGGCCAAAUUCCUAUUACUUGAGCGCUAACAAAGGCAUUCAGGUCCUGUAUGAGUUCAACGGAGCUGACGUAGGAAAGAAGGAAUACUAUGACCCUUUUCUGUUCACCAUUCUACCAAAUGAUCAAUUCAGCACUUCAUACGCUCUAGAAGGGCAAGCUGGCUUCCACAACAUGUUCGUAAUGGUGGCUCUUACAAAAGACUUGGGUGGGUUCACGGUAGACAAGCUUCCAAUGCCCUUAAACAUCGAGUGGCACAAAGUGGACGGAACCGAGUACUCAUGGGCUGAGGUGUUGUAUGGUACUGGAGCUAGCUUCCUCCAGAUAGCCCACGCUAACUCCCCAUUCGCUAUCUACAGCAUUGGUGGGGCUUAUGCCAAUGGCUACGGAUCCCCUGCCUCUGGUAACCCAGGUAUGUCAAUCAAAUGUGUCAUAUUGUGUAUCAAGCAACAGGGAUUCUCCCAAGGGUGACUGGUGAACACUAGCUGUGUGACUGUGUAACCAUACUUUUCUUAUAAUUUCUGCCCUUAACCCAAAAAAAUAGAUGCCCCUGAAUGCCCAGAGAACAGCCACUAUGAGGUGUGUGGUAGGGGCUGCCCUGCCACCUGUGAAGACCCAGAAGGUCCCUCCAUGUGCAAAACCAGUUGUGUAAAGGGCUGUACCUGUGACAAGGGCUAUGUGCUUAAUGGGAACAAGUGUGUGCCCAAGUCCCAGUGUGGCUGCCUGUACAAUGGUCACUUUGUGAAAGCUGGAGCAUCCCUCUGGGGUGAUGAGCACUGCAUCGAGAGGUGUACUUGCAACUCAUCCAGCUUGAAAAUGGAAUGCAAGAGCACUGGCUGUCCUCUUGGGCAGGAGUGCCAGAUGGUUGAUGGGAAGAGAGACUGCCACCUGAUGGCCUAUUCCACAUGCAUGGUGUAUGGUGACCCACACUACCGCACCUUCGAUGGCCACCAUUACAGCUUCCAGGGCACCUGUGUGUAUCAGAUGGCUGGCGUUUGCACCAACAACAAAGCCCUUGAGCACUUUGAUGUCCUAGUGCAAAAUGAUGGCCGUGGUAAAAAAGUGGGGUCCAGCACUAAGUUGGUGGAGGUUGUUGUUUAUGGACACACCAUUGUCAUCAGCAAAGAGCACAAAGGUUUAGUUCUGGUGAGUUAUGUUGGGAUAUAUUCACUUUUAUUCACUGUUUGUUGUAAAUAGAUAUAUCUGUAUGUCUUCUUUAUUCAUCCAUUCCACCCCAUAUUCAAACAUUCAACAUUUUCUCUACAGGUAGAUGAAGAGCUUACCAACCUCCCAGUCAAACUGCUCAAAGGUAAGGUGCAAAUGUACCUGAGUGGUGGCUUUGCAGUGAUUCACACUGACUUUGGGGUGAAAGUGUCCUACGACUGGCACUCCACAUCAUUUGUCACCGUCCCCCACACUUACGCUGGUGCAAUGUGUGGCAUGUGUGGUAACUACAACCUCAAACUCAACGAUGAAAUGCAGAUGAAGAAUGGAAAGCAAGCCGCCACUCCAGAGGAGCUUGGUCAGAGCUGGAGAGUUGCAGAGAUCCCUGGUUGUGUCCAUGGCUGUAAAGAUAAGAACCAUUGUCCUAACUGUGACAUCACGCAGAAAGAUAAUUUUGAAACCAACCAGUUCUGUGGUAAAAUCCGAGACCCCAAAGGUCCCUUCCGCAACUGCCACGCCAAGGUGGACCCCAGCAGCUUCUUUGAUGACUGUGUUUACGAUGUAUGCCUUAACAAUGGCAACAAGAACACACUAUGCAGUAGCCUCCAAACAUACACUGCAGCAUGCCAGCAGAAAGGAGCUGAGGUCUUUGCAUGGAGGUCCAAAGACUUCUGCGGUGAGUCAGACAUUCCAUUUUUUAAAAUAUUGACCUUAUAUCAGUAUUAUUCUUCACAGAGUUGUUGCCCCAAAAUUCAUUAAUCAAAUGUUCAUCAAUUCUAUUUAUCUCCAGAGUUCAAACACCCUGCGAACAGUCACUAUGAGAUUUGUGCAAAUGGCUGCCCUGCUACUUGUAAUAGCCUCUCUGCCUCCACCAACUGUAAGGCUCUGUGUCAGGAAGGAUGGGUUUGUGAUGCUGGUUUCAUUCUCAGUGGAGACGAAUGUGUGCCACUCUCGCAAUGUGGUUGUCUUUACAACGAUAGAUACUACAAAAAUGGACAAGUCUUCCAUCCCAAUGGACUCUGCCAGGAGGAGUGCACAUGCAAUGGCAAGGUACGUUUACAUUGGUCUUAGUAAGACAUGCCUAAAGUCACAUAUUUGCCUUUUGGUCCAUUUUCUGUAUUUUUGUUUAAAUUCUGUAAAUACUUCCAAUGUAGCUGUAUGUGUAUUAACAUUUUGGAACGAUGGUUUAGUUGAACAUUUAAAUAUUUGAGCAAAGAAACAUGUUUGACCUUGAUCAAAUCAAGUGUUAAUCUAUACAUCCAAACAAUAAAAGUUUUGAUGUGAAGGAUAUUUUCAUGGCCUAAUUAACUAUGUCUUAUUUUAUUUAUCAGGUGAAGUGUGUGAAGUUCAGCUGUGGCCCCCAUGAGAAGUGUGAGGUGAAGAACGGUGUCAGGGAUUGCCAGGGUGUUGGAAAUGGAGUCUGCACCAUCUCAGGUGACCCACAUUACAAGACCUUUGACAACAGCACCUAUGACUUCCAAGGUACCUGCACCUACACUGCAGCUCAAGGCUGCCAUCUAGAGGGCACCCGCCUCAACCCCUUCUCUGUAGUGGUGGAGAACGAGAAGUGGUACGCCAUGUCAAAUAAUCCAAAGGUAGCCAUUGCCAAGCUUGUGGCUGUAGAAGUCUAUGGUAACACCCUGGUUCUAAGGAAGAAUCAAGCAGGAAUGAUAAUGGUUAGUAUUUAAUUUGACUGGUGUGACAAAUGCACACAUACUAUUUUUGUGUUUGAUUAAUUAACAUGAGACAAUUCCGUAAUCACUUUAAGAUAAUAAAAGAGGUCAUCAAGUAUAUAACUAUAACUAACCUAGUGCAUAUAAUUAGGUAAGGCUUGUCAUAUUUGAUAUGUCAUUCAUCCAGGUAAAUGGAAUUAUGAUGAGCCUCCCUGUGAAUCUAAACAACGGAGCAGUGCAGGCCUACCAAGAGGGCACCUACGAUGUCAUCAUAACAGACUUCGGUCUGAGAGUCACCUAUGACCUUGUGUACCACGUCAUGGUCACCGUCCCUGGCAACUACCGAGGCAAGACCUGUGGUCUGUGUGGCAAUUUCAACGACAACAAGAAUGAUGAGUUUCAACUGCCUGAUGGGAAAAUCACCAAGGACCUCCUGACCUUUGGGGCAGCCUGGAAGAUAAGUGUGCCGCAUGUGGUUUGUGAGGAUGGAUGCAGCGGAGAAUUUUGCCCCAAGUGUGACGCUAAUAAAAAAGCCAUAUUUGAGGCCGACUGUAGUAUCAUCACAAACCCUAAAGGUCCCUUCGCCGCCUGCCACAAUGUGAUAGACCCUGCCUCUUACUUCAGAGAUUGUGUCUAUGAUGUCUGCUUGUCUGAGGGAGACCGUAAGGUUCUCUGUCACAGCAUAUCAGCAUACAUGAUCGACUGCCAGGACUUUGGGGUUAACAUCAGUAACUGGAGAACACCAACCUUCUGUCGUAAGUAUUUACCAACCUGUGGAUUGGGACACAUUUGGCUUUGGCUUUCUUUCAUCUAUAUAUUCUGUCUGUAUAUUCUGACUCUUGUUUUCAGCACCAUUUCAUCAGGUCAAAUUCCUGGUACUUGUAAAUGUAUUUGGCAAAUAAAUGUGAUUUUGAUUCCUGCAGGCUGGAGUAUUGAGUGUUGUGGCUGGACAUUAUAUUGCAUGUCUAAUUACUUAAUCUAUUCCUCUGUAGCCCUGGACUGUCCUGCCAACAGCCACUACCAGAGCUGCUCUGAGAUCUGUGCCACCCCAUGUCCCGGCCUCUCUGACAUUAUCACCUGCCCCACCACUUGUGCUGAGGGCUGUGCCUGCAAUACAGACUACUACUUCAACGGGACAGGCUGUGUUAAGUGGGACCUGUGCAGCUGUUACCACAAAGGACGCACCUACAAGGUGGGGUUUACCUAGAACAUAUACAGUGGGGGAAAAAAGUAUUUAGUCAGCCACCAAUUGUGCACGUUCUCCCACUUAAAAAGAUGAGAGAGGCCUGUAAUUUUCAUCAUAGGUACACGUCAACUAUGACAGACAAAUUGAGAAAAGAUAAUCCAGAAAAUCACAUUGUAGGAUUUUUUAUGAAUUUAUAUGCAAAUUAUGGUGGAAAAUAAGUAUUUGGUCACCUACAAACAAGCAAGAUUUCUGGCUCUCACAGACCUGUAACUUCUUUGAGGCUCCUCUGUCCUCCACUCGUUACCUGUAUUAAUGGCACCUGUUUGAACUUGUUAUCAGUAUAAAAGACACCUGUCCACAACCUCAAACAGUCACACUCCAAACUCCACUAUGGCCAAGACCAAAGAGCUGUCAAAGGAAACCAGAAACAAAAUUGUAGACCUGCACCAGGCUGGGAAGACUGAAUCUGCAAUAGGUAAGCAGCUUGGUUUGAAGAAAUCAACUGUGGGAGCAAUUAUUAGGAAAUGGAAGACAUACAAGACCACUGAUAAUCUCCCUCGAUCUGGGGCUCCACGCAAGAUCUCACCCCGUGGGGUCAAAAUGAUCAAAAGAACGGUGAGCAAAAAUCCCAGAACCACACGGGGGGACCUAGUGAAUGACCUGCAGAGAGCUGGGACCAAAGUAACAAAGCCUACCAUCAGUAACACACUACGCCGCCAGGGACUCAAAUCCUGCAGUGCCAGACGUGUCCCCCUGCUUAAGCCAGUACAUGUCCAGGCCCGUCUGAAGUUUGCUAGAGUGCAUUUGGAUGAUCCAGAAGAGGAUUGGGAGAAUGUGAUAUGGUCAGAUGAAACCAAAAUAGAACUUUUUGGUAAAAACUCAACUCGUCGUGUUUGGAGGACAAAGAAUGCUGAGUUGCAUCCAAAGAACACCAUACCUACUGUGAAGCAUGGGGGUGGAAACAUCAUGCUUUGGGGCUGUUUUUCUGCAAAGGGACCAGGACGACUGAUCCGUGUAAAGGAAAGAAUGAAUGGGGCCAUGUAUCGUGAGAUUUUGAGUGAAAACCUCCUUCCAUCAGUAAGGGCAUUGAAGAUGAAACGUGGCUGGGUCUUUCAGCAUGACAAUGAUCCCAAACACACCGCCCGGGCAAUGAAGGAGUGGCUUCGUAAGAAGCAUUUCAAGGUCCUGGAGUGGCCUAGCCAGUCUCCAGAUCUCAACCCCAUAGAAAAUCUUUGGAGGGAGUUGAAAGUCUGUGUUGCCCAGCGACAGCCCCAAAACAUCACUGCUCUAGAGGAGAUCUGCAUGGAGGAAUGGGCCAAAAUACCAGCAACAGUGUGUGAAAACCUUGUGAAGACUUACAGAAAACGUUUGACCUGUGUCAUUGCCAACAAAGGGUAUAUAACAAAGUAUUAAGAAACUUUUGUUAUUGACCAAAUACUUUUUUUCCACCAUAAUUUGCAAAUAAAUUCAUAAAAAAUCCUACAAUGUGAUUUUCUGGAUUUUUUUCCUCAUUUUGUCUGUCAUAGUUGACGUGUACCUAUGAUGAAAAUUACAGGCCUCUCUCAUCUUUUUAAGUGGGAGAACUUGCACAAUUGGUGGUUGACUAAAUACUUUUUUUCCCCACUGUUCCAACAAUGUGUUGUGUUUACUUUACAAUAGAACAUUAUGUACCACAAAUACACAUUAUUGUCAGAUAUAUCUUUCAGAAAAUACGUGUAUACUGUAAUGUACAAUUGUUUAUUGUAAAUGUAUAGUCCAAUAAGGUAUUAUUCAAUGUAAAUUCAAAGAUAAAGUGUAUGUCCCUCUAUUAUAAGAACUGCAUCCUUAUAACACUGCCACAAUAACAAUGUACUGUACCUAUUUCUCUCCCUCAGAUUGGUGAGUCUGUGUUGUCAGAGGAUUGCCAGGAGCUCUGCACCUGCACUGCCUCUGGUGAUGUGAAAUGUGAGGCCACCAAGUGCAAGGCUGACGAGAGCUGCCAGGUCAUGAAUGGUCACCUGGGCUGUGUUAGAAAGGGAGUCUGCACCAUCUCAGGUGACCCACAUUACAAGACCUUUGACAACAGCACCUAUGACUUCCAAGGUACCUGCACCUACACUGCAGCUCAAGGCUGCCAUCUAGAGGGCACCCGCCUCAACCCCUUCUCUGUAGUGGUGGAGAACGAGAAGUGGUACGCCAUGUCAAAUAAUCCAAAGGUAGCCGUUGCCAAGCUUGUGGCUGUAGAAGUCUAUGGUAACACCCUGGUUCUAAGGAAGAAUCAAGCAGGAAUGAUAAUGGUUAGUAUUUAAUUUGACUGGUGUGACAAAUGCACACAUACUAUUUUUGUGUUUGAUUAAUUAACAUGAGACAAUUCCGUAAUCACUUUAAGAUAAUAAAAGAGGUCAUCAAGUAUAUAACUAUAACUAACCUAGUGCAUAUAAUUAGGUAAGGCUUGUCAUAUUUGAUAUGUCAUUCAUCCAGGUAAAUGGAAUUAUGAUGAGCCUCCCUGUGAAUCUAAACAACGGAGCAGUGCAGGCCUACCAAGAGGGCACCUACGAUGUCAUCAUAACAGACUUCGGUCUGAGAGUCACCUAUGACCUUGUGUACCACGUCAUGGUCACCGUCCCUGGCAACUACCGAGGCAAGACCUGUGGUCUGUGUGGCAAUUUCAACGACAACAAGAAUGAUGAGUUUCAACUGCCUGAUGGGAAAAUCACCAAGGACCUCCUGACCUUUGGGGCAGCCUGGAAGAUAAGUGUGCCGCAUGUGGUUUGUGAGGAUGGAUGCAGCGGAGAAUUUUGCCCCAAGUGUGACGCUAAUAAAAAAGCCAUAUUUGAGGCCGACUGUAGUAUCAUCACAAACCCUAAAGGUCCCUUCGCCGCCUGCCACAAUGUGAUAGACCCUGCCUCUUACUUCAGAGAUUGUGUCUAUGAUGUCUGCUUGUCUGAGGGAGACCGUAAGGUUCUCUGUCACAGCAUAUCAGCAUACAUGAUCGACUGCCAGGACUUUGGGGUUAACAUCAGUAACUGGAGAACACCAACCUUCUGUCGUAAGUAUUUACCAACCUGUGGAUUGGGACACAUUUGGCUUUGGCUUUCUUUCAUCUAUAUAUUCUGUCUGUAUAUUCUGACUCUUGUUUUCAGCACCAUUUCAUCAGGUCAAAUUCCUGGUACUUGUAAAUGUAUUUGGCAAAUAAAGGUGAUUUUGAUUCCUGCAGGCUGGAGUAUUGAGUGUUGUGGCUGGACAUUAUAUUGCAUGUCUAAUUACUUAAUCUAUUCCUCUGUAGCCCUGGACUGUCCUGCCAACAGCCACUACCAGAGCUGCUCUGAGAUCUGUGCCACCCCAUGUCCCGGCCUCUCUGACAUUAUCACCUGCCCCACCACUUGUGCUGAGGGCUGUGCCUGCAAUACAGACUACUACUUCAACGGGACAGGCUGUGUUAAGUGGGACCUGUGCAGCUGUUACCACAAAGGACGCACCUACAAGGUGGGGUUUACCUAGAACAUAUACAGUGGGGAAAAAAAGUAUUUAGUCAGCCACCAAUUGUGCACGUUCUCCCACUUAAAAAGAUGAGAGAGGCCUGUAAUUUUCAUCAUAGGUACACGUCAACUAUGACAGACAAAUUGAGAAAAGAUAAUCCAGAAAAUCACAUUGUAGGAUUUUUUAUGAAUUUAUAUGCAAAUUAUGGUGGAAAAUAAGUAUUUGGUCACCUACAAACAAGCAAGAUUUCUGGCUCUCACAGACCUGUAACUUCUUUGAGGCUCCUCUGUCCUCCACUCGUUACCUGUAUUAAUGGCACCUGUUUGAACUUGUUAUCAGUAUAAAAGACACCUGUCCACAACCUCAAACAGUCACACUCCAAACUCCACUAUGGCCAAGAUCAAAGAGCUGUCAAAGGAAACCAGAAACAAAAUUGUAGACCUGCACCAGGCUGGGAAGACUGAAUCUGCAAUAGGUAAGCAGCUUGGUUUGAAGAAAUCAACUGUGGGAGCAAUUAUUAGGAAAUUGAAGACAUACAAGACCACUGAUAAUCUCCCUCGAUCUGGGGCUCCACGCAAGAUCUCACCCCGUGGGGUCAAAAUGAUCAAAAGAACGGUGAGCAAAGAUCCCAGAACCACACGGGGGGACCUAGUGAAUGACCUGCAGAGAGCUGGGACCAAAGUAACAAAGCCUACCAUCAGUAACACACUACGCCGCCAGGGACUCAAAUCCUGCAGUGCCAGACGUGUCCCCCUGCUUAAGCCAGUACAUGUCCAGGCCCGUCUGAAGUUUGCUAGAGUGCAUUUGGAUGAUCCAGAAGAGGAUUGGGAGAAUGUCAUAUGGUCAGAUGAAACCAAAAUAGAACUUUUUGGUAAAAACUCAACUCGUCGUGUUUGGAGGACAACGAAUGCUGAGUUGCAUCCAAAGAACACCAUACCUACUGUGAAGCAUGGGGGUGGAAACAUCAUGCUUUGGGGCUGUUUUUCUGCAAAGGGACCAGGACGACUGAUCCGUGUAAAGGAAAGAAUGAAUGGGGCCAUGUAUCGUGAGAUUUUGAGUGAAAACCUCCUUCCAUCAGUAAGGGCAUUGAAGAUGAAACGUGGCUGGGUCUUUCAGCAUGACAAUGAUCCCAAACACACCGCCCGGGCAACGAAGGAGUGGCUUCGUAAGAAGCAUUUCAAGGUCCUGGAGUGGCCUAGCCAGUCUCCAGAUCUCUACCCCAUAGAAAAUCUUUGGAGGGAGUUGAAAGUCUGUGUUGCCCAGCGACAGCCCCAAAACAUCACUGCUCUAGAGGAGAUCUGCAUGGAGGAAUGGGCCAAAAUACCAGCAACAGUGUGUGAAAACCUUGUGAAGACUUACAGAAAACGUUUGACCUGUGUCAUUGCCAACAAAGGGUAUAUAACAAAGUAUUGAGAAACUUUUGUUAUUGACCAAAUACUUUUUUUCCACCAUAAUUUGCAAAUAAAUUCAUAAAAAAUCCUACAAUGUGAUUUUCUGGAUUUUUUUCCUCAUUUUGUCUGUCAUAGUUGACGUGUACCUAUGAUGAAAAUUACAGGCCUCUCUCAUCUUUUUAAGUGGGAGAACUUGCACAAUUGGUGGUUGACUAAAUACUUUUUUUCCCCACUGUUCCAACAAUGUGUUGUGUUUACUUUACAAUAGAACAUUAUGUACCACACAUACACAUUAUUGUCAGAUAUAUCUUUCAGAAAAUACGUGUAUACUGUAAUGUACAAUAGUUUAUUGUAAAUGUAUAGUCCAAUAAGGUAUUAUUCAAUGUAAAUUCAAAGAUAAAGUGUAUGUCCCUCUAUUAUAAGAACUGCAUCCUUAUAACACUGCCACAAUAACAAUGUACUGUACCUAUUUCUCUCCCUCAGAUUGGUGAGUCUGUGUUGUCAGAGGAUUGCCAGGAGCUCUGCACCUGCACUGCCUCUGGUGAGGUGAAAUGUGAGGCCACCAAGUGCAAGGCUGACGAGAGCUGCCAGGUCAAGAAUGGUCACCUGGGCUGCUAUCUCAAAAAUUGUUUGUUGGAGACUAAUGGCGCCUUCACCCUUUUCAAUGGAAGAAGUGGUGCAAUCACAGCCAUGGGGGCCUAUGAGAUAAUCAAAGUUUGUGACAAUGCUCUGGUGGAAGAGUGGUUCAGAGUGGUGGUGACGUUGCAGGCCUGUGGGAAGUCUGGCCUCAAGAGCGUUGUUGCUGUGUACGUCUACUUCAAUGAUCUGAUGAUCACUGUCAACAGCAAGCAUGAAACUUGGGUGAGUCACCUCAUAUACAGUAUAUAUUAAUUCAUAGAUUAUUAAGUAUUGUUUAUGGAUGACACCAAUUCCCUUCAGUAUCUAGGAUUGUAAGAUUGUAUACUAUUCCAUCAGUGUUACUUUGUUUUUCAAUGUUGUUCACAGAUAAAUGGUAAGAAGGUGACUCUACCACGCCUGCUGAGUAAUGAAGUCUCAGUGAAGGUCUCUGACAAGACAGUGAUGAUUGAGAGGAUGUCAGGCCUUCAGGUGUCAUACAGCCUCUCUCAGGAGAUCAUAGUGACAGUGAGUGCCCACAUGGCUGACAAGGUGUGUGGAGCUUGUGGAAGACUGGUUCCUUCAGGAGACGUUAUCCCGGUCCCUAGUUUCCUGACUAUGCAGGAAUACAUGGACGGCUGGAACGCACCAGACUUCCCCACCUGC